AUCUCUGUGUGAUGGGGAGCAUGUCACCCCGCUGCGGCACUGAGUUUGAUCAAAGAAAGAGAUCAGUGAUGAGGUCGGCUUAGCUCGCGAUGUACAGGGUCUCGUUUCACUUGGUCAGCAUUGUCCUGGGUUUGGCGUUGGCCGUCAACGUGCCCAACGCCCAGCCUUCCUUGAAUUCAACAUUGCCUUCAAGAAGACAGCUCGAUUUAGGAGCGGCUGUAAUCAAAUGGCGUCAUUUCCAAGGACUCAGCAAAGAGCAGCGAAUGAUGUGGUCAGAGAAGCCCAAGGAAGCGGCAGUUGUCCUUCAGGGCAUGGAGAUGGCCAUGGAUGAAUGCCAACACCAAUUGCGGUGGCACAGAUGGAACUGCUCUUCACUGCACAAAACCAAAAGCAGAAAGCGCAGUAUUUCGCUGUUGAAUAAGGGUUACAAGGAAUCUGCUUUCGCGUACGCCUUGACGUCUGCAGGCGUGAUGCACGCAAUUAUUAAAGCUUGUCACAAAGGCAUCCUUCCAGGAUGCUGUGGGGAGGUGGAUGUGAGAGACGGCAGAAAAUUUAAAGACGAAAAAGGAACACAAAUUAAAAUUUACAAGUUAGGGGAAUCCUACGAGUUCAAUGAAGUGUUCAAUGACACUGCACAACAAGAAAGGCUGAGUCAACAAUCAAGAAACAGCUGGAAGUGGAAGGGAUGCCCUGCUAACCUCCGUUAUGGAGCUAAGUAUUCAGAGCUUUUCCUUGACUUGCGGGAAAUGAGCAGAACUGAUCUGCAAUCGGACGUGAUUUUGCACAACUACAGGGCAGGCAGGGAGGCUGUAUCAAAAAACGCACGACAACGUUGCAAGUGUCACGGUGUUUCGGGCAGUUGUACACUCAGCACAUGUUGGCUGGGGAUUCCUGAAUUCCGCAGCGUCGGUAACACCUUAAUGGGAAAGUUCAAAACGGCCAUAUUCGUCAAGCAGGACAACCUUGGAAGAAAUGCAGGGAGAAAUGAGAUGGAAAUCGCUGAAGAGACUGACAAUAGCAUAAAUUUCCUUCGCGGGCGGGCCAGGCGAUACUAUCUGUGGAAAAACAGCACGCAUUUGAAAAACCAACACAUGGAACCGCAUGUCUCAGAAUUGCUUUACUUCAAGGAGUCACCGACGUUUUGCAAUGAAGCUGAUGACUCCCCAGGCACAGUUGGCAGAAGGUGCAAUAAAUCAAGCACAGGCACUGACGGAUGCGAUACCAUGUGCUGUGGACGCGGCUACGACUCAAUCAGAGCGGUAAAAAGGUACGAAAAAUGCUCGUGUCGCUUUGAGUGGUGCUGCCAAGUGAUGUGCAAGAACUGCACCAUAGACGAGGAGGUGACAGUUUGCAAGUGAACUCCGUUUGCUCUCCCAACCCACAUAUACAUUGUUUGCUCAUUACCAGAUUCUAAGCUCAUUUUUUAAUCCAUGUUCCUUAGAAUGUUAAAUGUUAGUCAGCCGGUGUCUAUUGCAUCUAUUAUACACUAACAAAUAAUAAUAAAGCAGCAAACCUAAA